AUGAUUGCUGAAUUUGUGCAACACGAAGGCAACCAAUGUCUUCUUAUACAAGAUGACUGGGAUCUCACGGUAGGUAUUGUCGUUCAGAGCGCCGCUCAGAGAGAGAUUUUUGCUCGAUGGGGAGAUACACUCGUUCUAGACUGGACGCACAACACUAACAACGCAGGCUUUUAUUUAGGUACGGAUCAUCAAUUUAUACUACUGACAGGGAGUCUCAUAGUGACGGUGCCAAGUGACCGGGGGAUAUCUGUGCUGGAUUUCCUGUGCGUCAAUCAGCAGAAGGAAACAUUGCAGGAAGUAUUCAAGUACUUCAAGAAGACAAAC